GGGAAAUGAGAGGUCUAAAGGGAUAAUAAAACCUCUACUUUUAACAGGGCAGAGAGAGAGUGAGAGGAGAGAGAGAGAGAUUCCUGAGUCUCUUUCCUGUUAGCGAGAACAGCCUCAUCUCUGGCUUGAUCUGCGUUUUGCACGACAAUGAGGCUGCCGGCCGAGAGUUCCGGAGUGGUGGAAUGCAGUGGCGGCGAGAGUACUGCGGCGGCCGGCGAAGACGGCGGCGGCGGCGGCGGCGCUGUGGUGGUGGUUGGAGUGAAGGUGGACUCUCGGAGUAAAGAGUUGCUGACUUGGGCGCUGGUGAAGGUGGCGCAGAGUGGCGAUCGCGUCAUUGCUCUUCACGUGCUGGAUCCCAACGUCGAGAAAUCGGAUUUGCUUUCGCUGGUGAAGACUUUUGAUUCCAUGCUGGCUGCUUAUGAAGGUUUCUGCAACCUAAAACAGGUGGAUUUAAAGCUCAAGGUCUGUAAAGGUUCUCCAAUUCAUAAAAUCAUUCUCCGGGAAGCAAAAUCAUGUGGAGCAACAAGUAUAAUUCUUGGCGCUUCAGGAGUUGAUCACAAAAUUAGAUCAAGGACCUCAGUUGCCAAGUAUUGCGCCAAGAAUCUUCAAAAGAAUGUAUCAAUUAUAUGUGUUAACAAUGGCAAGAUUGUUUUUGGAAGAGAAUCAAAUGCUUCUUGUGUCUCGUUGCUUGGAAGUGUUGAUGUCAGGCGACCAAGAUCAAGGAAGAGGAAAUUGUCCAAAAGCCCUCUAAGUCUGCCACCCCAGAGACUUCUAACAUCAUCCAGCGAUGAAACUCCAAAUGUUUCAAUGGCUCUGGUACCCAUAAAAACUCGCGAAAUGCCUGAAUCUAAAUCAGGUUGGGCAGUAUUGCGCAAGUCCUUUUUUCAUGGACUUAGACUACCCGAAUCUCCAUCUUGUAAGAAGUCAUCUGUGAUCCGAUGGAUAUUGAGAUUACCGAGUCGACAAUCUGAUGCAGCUACUAUUUAUCCUGAUCAGAAACAGACUACUACAUCUGAUACAUCUGAAUGCAUUACAAAUUCGGACCCAGAGAACGGAGCUAUUGUACUGUACUCAGUUGAUUGUAACUCUAAUCUUUGUUCAUCUAAUAUCUUCUCGGAAGGACUCAAUGCUCUUACAGAGAAGUACUCAAGUGCAUGCCAACUGUUUAGCUACCAGGAGCUCUUGUUAGCUACGAAUAAUUUCUUACCUGAAAAUUUGAUUGGAAAGGGUGGAAGCAGCCGGGUUUAUCGAGGCUGUCUACCAGGAGGUCAGGAAUUAGCUGUCAAGAUACUAAAACCAUCAGAAGAUGUACUGAAACAAUUUGUUUCAGAAAUUGAAAUAAUUUCGUCUUUGCGUCACAAGAACAUAAUUUCUUUAGUUGGCUUCUGUUUUGAGGAGGACAAAUUACUACUAGUUUAUAAUCUUCUUUCUAGAGGGAGCCUGGAAGACAAUCUCCAUGAAUUCGAUGCUGAAAAGUCCAACAAAAAAUUUGGUUGGGACAUGAGGUAUAAAGUUGCUUUGGGAGUUGCAGAGGCACUAGACCACUUACAUAGUUCAGCUGAACCAAUUAUUCACAGAGAUGUGAAGUCUUCAAAUAUUCUUCUUUCAGAUGAUUUUGAACCACAGUUGUCGGAUUUUGGCCUUGCAUCAUGGGCUUCAAGUUGUUUACAGCAUAUGGGUACCUCAGAUGUUGCUGGCACAUUUGGCUACUUGGCUCCAGAAUAUUUUAUGAAUGGAAAGCUAAACGAGAAACUUGAUGUCUAUGCAUUUGGAGUUGUACUUCUGGAGCUAUUAUCGGGAAGAAAGCCGAUUAAUGAUGGAUCUCCGAAGGGCAAACAAAGCUUGGUGAUGUGGGCUAAAGACAUUUUGAAGGAGGGGAAAACCUCAGAACUCGAAGACCCAGAGUUGGUUGAUGCUUAUGACCAAGAACAAUUUGAGAUUAUGGUCUCAGCUGCAACCUUGUGUACCAGACACGCACCACAAUCUCGUCCUGAAAUCAGCCUCGUCCUCAAACUCCUUCAAGGCGAUCCAGCAGUGGUCGAGUGGGCUAGGCAGGAAACCAAGACUUGUGAGGACUUAAAUGUAAUCUAUAACGAGCAAUCGGCUACAGAGAUCCAGUCCUUCAUUAACCUUGCACUUCUUAAUUUAGAAGACGAUUCCGCGUCUACAAGCAGCACCGAGCUGAACAUAUCCGUGGAGGAUUAUUUGGGGGGCCGAUGGAGCCGUUCAUCAAGCUUCGACUGAAAUGUAGAGCAUAAUGGAGUCGGAGUGUGUACAUAGAUAUAGAGGCUUCAUUUGUUGUGUAUUGCGAGGUAUUGGACGAGAGGAUCUCUAUCCCCCAAUGGUUUUUGACCUCCUCCUUGCCUAAUUUUUCUAGUCAUAUACAGUGUUUAGGUUACAUAAUUGGCAGCGUCAAGGAAUGCCAAACUAUUGCAGUUUAUGGGUAUAAAUGUAGUGCUUACUAAGUGGAUGUUGGUUGUUUAUUGUGUUUAGAUUCAUUUCAAUUACUAGAAUUUAUUAAUUCCCAA